AUGAGUUGUAAUAUAAAGAAACGCUCGUGCGAUGUGAAUAUUUUUGAGGGAGAUGAAAAAUGUUGUAGUAAGACAAAAAACAAAUCUUUUUGUAUAUACGUAUCAAGUGGAAAAAAGGAUAAUAUGAUGAAGAGAAGAAAAUGUAAUGUUAUGGGAGGCAAGGAAAAGUAUGAUGAGAAAAUAUUUAUGGAGAUAAAAAAUUUGUAUACGAAUGAUUAUAAAAAGGAAGAUAAUAAAACUAAUCAUAAUAAUAAUAAUAAUAAUAAUAAUAAUAAUGAUAAUAGAGAAUAUAAUAUUUAUAGUGACAAAUUAUGUAUAUCCUGUAAUGAUGAUCUAUCAUGUGAUGGUAAUAACAAAGGCGAUAAUAUUUGUAAUAACAUAUUAUAUGAAGAAAUAUAUAAAAAGGAAGAGGAGAAUAAUGUUUUUAUAGAUGAACAUAAUAAUAUAUAUAGAAGUAAUAUAUUUUCAUCAAAUGAAAAAAAUAAUAAAAAUAUUAUAAUUAAAAAAAGAACAAAAGAUAUUUUAUAUGAAAAGGUAUAUUCUAAAUCUGAUAAUGAUUCUUCAAAGAAGAAUAAAAUAAGAAGAUUAUUAAAUGAGGAAUAUGUCAGAAGUUUUUCUUAUGAAACGGAUGUAUAUAAAAGAAAAGAUGAUUGUAUAAAUGGAAAUAAAAAAAAUAUAUAUAAUACUUGUAGUGUUGAUAAAAUAUUUGAAAUUCCAUCUGAUUGUAAAAAUAAAGAUAAGGGGUAUAACAAUAUGGAAUGUAUUAAUAAUAAUAAGAAUAAAAGUGAUAAAAAUCAUAACAUAGAGAGAAAUUUAAAAGAAUAUAUAAAUGAUAAGGAAAAUCAAAAUAAUGACUUUCUCUUUUUAAAAUAUAAUAAUGACAAUAAAUUAUGUGAAGGCUUAAAUAAUGAUGACAGCUGUUUGAUUGAAGAGGAGAAAUAUAAAAAAAAAAUUAUAAAUGAUAUUAAUUUAAAUGGAAAUAUAAUAAAAUAUAUGAAUACAUCAGGAAAUGGAAAUAAAUCAUAUUUGGAUGAGAAGGAAUGUAAUAUAUAUAAUAGAGAUGAUAAAAAUUUUGAUGAAUAUAAAGUAAGUGUAUAUUCUGUUGAUAAGGAUGAAAAAAAAUACUUUACACAUAAUAAUAAUAAUAGUCAACAUGAUAAUAAUUAUUUUAAAAGUUACUAUAACAGUAGCUCUAAAAGAAGUGGGACUAUCGAAAGUAUAAAAUGUGGUAAAAAUAUAAGAGAUAUAAAAGAUAGUAUAUAUGAAAAGAAGAAAAAAAUUAAAAGUAUCCAUAACAAGAUUUUACGUUUAAUAAAAGAAGAUAACAACAAAUAUGUGGGAAAUGUAAUAAAUGAUAAGAAUAAAAAAUAUGAAAAAAAUGAAGAUAAUAAAAAAAAAAAUAUAUAUAAUAAUGAUAAUAUGAAUGAAGAGGAUUAUAAAAAGAAUGAUGAUGUUGUGGAAAUAAAUAAAAAGGAUAAUGAAAAUUAUAUGAGAGAUACAAUAUGGAAUAAUAACUCCAAUAUGGAUUGUAAUAUAUAUAAUAAUAAUAGUAAUAGUUAUAGUGUUGAUGGUAGCUAUAUACCACUUGAAGAACAGAUUAAAAAGAAAGGAAAUAUAAUUAUAGACAAACAAAAUAAUGAAUGUGAAAUUUUUAUAGAUGAAAAAAUUAAAAAAAUAUGUUCUAUAAAAAAGUAUAAAAAACUAAAUUUAAGUCACACCUUUUUAAACAAUAUUAAGUUAAUUUAUGAAAAGAAAGAUUUAAAAAAAAAUAAGAAGAAAUAUAUAUUAAUUGUUAAUAAGAAAUGUUUAGAGAAAUAUUCUUAUUUUCAUACUAUUAUAAAUACAUAUUGUAAAGAGAAUAAAUCCAUAAAAAUGGAUCAAUAUAUAAAUUAUAACUUAUCUAAAAUAUUAUUUUGUAAUAAUAUCAUAAAGGAAAUUAAUAAAUAUAAUUUUAAAAAAAUUAUGAAAGCAUUAGACUUUUAUGGAUAUUCAUAUGAUAAUAUAUUUUUAAAAAAUUUAUGUAAUAAGAUUAUAAUAAAUAAGUGGUUAAACAAUGAUAAUUUUUUUCAAAAGAUAUUAAAAAGUAAAAGGUUUUUAAAAGUUGCAUUAUUUUUUGAUUUAAUAUAUAAUUUUUUAUAUAAAAAUAAUAUUUUUCUAAAAUAUUUUUUUAGUUUCUCUGGAGGUAGAUUUAUCAAAUCAUUUAUAGAUUAUAAUAAAAAUAAAGCCCUCAAAUUAAUUAAUAAAAUUAUUAAAAAUAUUAAAGAUUUAAACCCUUCUACAAAUUCUGUAAUCGACUUUCUAUGUGGCUUUUAUUCAAAUGAAGAGAAGGAAAACAAAUAUUCUAAAUUAUCUAGAACAAAUUAUUUGUAUGGAAUAAAAGAUAAAGAUAUAAUUAUUAAGAAAAAGACAAAUGGUAGUAGAAAAAAAUCUAGUAAUACUUAUAUUUAUAUGAAGAAUAAAAAAUAUAACAAAAAAAUUUUAAGAAAUAUUUUAAAUAAUGUAUGGUUAAACACAGAUAUGUUUAUAAAAGAAAGUAUAUAUUAUGGACAAAAUUUUUCUCUUCAAAAAAAUAAUUUAAGAAAAAAGAACAAUACAAUAUAUGAUAUAGAAAAAAUAGAGAAUUUUUUAUAUGAUAAGAAUGAUAGAAGUUAUUCAAGUAGGUGCACGAACAGUUCAAAUGAAAAUUUUUAUCAAUAUGAUACAUAUAAAAAUCAAGAAAAUGAAUAUUUAGAUGAUCAUAGUUCUAUAGAUGAUGAAAAGGAACUAGAAAAUGUAAUGAAUAAUUUUUAUUCUUCUAAUGAUCUUAAUAUAAAUUUUAAUGGACAUAUGAAUGAAACAUUAAAUCAGUGUAUAUAUAAUCAAUCUGGGAAUGUAAAUUUUGAUAAUAAUAUUCCAGAUGAUUCUCAGCAAUAUGGAGAUGAUUAUAUAGGAAAUAAUAUUAAUCAUAAUAAAACAUUUCAAUCAUUUGAAGGUAUACCUAAUAUGGCUUUUGAUUUGUAUACUCAGGAUGACAAAAAUAGAUCAAGGGGAGAUACUUUCAUAUCACUAAGCUUUAAAGAAGAGGAAAGAUGCAACACUGACAAAUAUGUAAAGGAUACAUGUUUUUUAGGUAUAGGGGUAAGAUCAAAAGAAAAUAAAAUAAAUGAUUUCAACUGCUUUAAUAUUAAUUUAAAAAUAAUGAUAAGAGAUAAUUUAUUAAGCAAAAUAAAAUGUAACAUCUCUAAAAGUGGCAAAAAGAUAUCUCCGUUUUUUCCUGUGUGGCCUAAUAUCCCUGACUUUUUUGGAUUUAAAAUGUUUAAAAAUAUAAAGAAGGAUUUCAAGAGGAUGAAAAAGAAUAUUACAAUGAAUAAGAAACAGAGCUCAUUAGAUAUUAUAAAUAAUAAAAAGAAAUAUAAGAACAUCAUAAGUGAAGAUUAUGAAAGGAUAGAUAUAGCUCAAAAAAAAAAAAAAAAAUUUAAUGAAGAAGAAUAUAUGUUAGAUAAUAAUAAUAUAAAAAAAAAUAAUAUGAAGAAUAAGAAAUGUAUAAAUAUAGAUGAAAUAAAAUUAAAAGAUCUUCAUUAUAUAUUAAAUAUAAGAAUAUAUCCUAUAAGAACAUUAUUAUUAUAUAUAUUAUAUAAUUCAUUUUUUAAAGAUAAUAAUAAUGAGUUUAUUGAAUUUUUUUGCAAUAGUAUAAAUAAUGAAAUAAAAGAAUGGUUAUUACUUUUUUUAUUACCAAAUUUUAUUAAUAAAUCAAUACAUAAAGUUACAUACCCCUUAAAAUUAACAAAAAAUAUAUUUAUUGAAUCGAGUGAAUUUUAUGAAGAUUUUUUUUCUAAUGAAUAUUCAAAAAUGAAUGAUAUAGAAAAAAUUAUUAUAUAUACAAAAAAUUGUAAUGAAGAAUAUUCUGAUAUUUGUCCAUUUCUUUUUUGUUAUCUAUGGUUAAAAUCAAAUGAUUAUAAAAUAGAUAAAUGGAUAAGUUCAAAAAUUAAUGAAAUGUUAUUUACAUUUCCUUAUGCAAACUUUUUAUUAAGUAAAUAUUUCUCUAACUUUUUAUUAUUCAUACAAUUAUUUCGUACCUCCUUAGAUCUAGAUCAUAUGUAUUUGUGUAAAUCUCACUUUUAUGUCUCUCUCAAACAUAACAUUUCUUAUAUCCACGAAUCUUUGGUUAACGUAUUAUUUUCAUCAACAAUAUAUGAUCCAUAA